CUUUGCGACCAUGAGCUUUAACUUUGGCGGCGCGGCCGGCGGCGCGACGGGCUUCUCCUUCGGCAACACGGCCUCGGCGGCUCCGGCGGCCGGUGCCACGACGGGCUUCUCCUUCGGCAGCACGGCGUCCGCGGCGCCGGCGGCCCCGGCGACUGGCGCGACCACGGGCUUUAGCUUCGGCGCGGCCGCAACCCCAGCAGCAGCGUCGACGACGGCGCCUGCUGCUUCGACCGGCUUCUCGUUCGGUGGCAGCACACCCGCAGCGUCGACUACGCCCGCUGCUCCGGCCGCUCCGGCUACGACUGGAUUUGCCUUUGGGGCUCCGGCGACGCCCGCCGCCGCCAGCACGACGACAGCCCUCGACAGCACGCCUGCCGCGACCGCAGAAAAGCCUGCCGCCUCGACAGGUUUCUCGUUCGGUGGCGCGAGCACGCCUGCCGCGACCGCAGAAAAGCCUGCCGCCUCGACGGGCUUCUCCUUUGGGGGCUCGAGCACCACGACAACGCCUGCCGCAGCGACCAGCGCGGCGCCUGCGACGACGGGCUUUUCGUUUGGUGGCUCCACCGCUCCUGCGACGCCGGCUACCACGGAUGCGAAGGCGCCUGCGGCGACUGGCUUCUCGUUUGGCGAUGCGGCCAAGACGGCAACGCCGACUGCUACGCCCGCGGCGACGACCGGCUUCUCGUUCGGUGAUGCGGCCAAGACGGCGACGCCGGCCACGACAGAGGCGAAGGCGACGAGCUUUUCGUUCGGCGCAACGACGGACAAGCCGGCGGCGACCCCCGCGCCGGCUGCUGGUUUCUCGUUUGGCGCGACCGCGGAAAAGGCAGCAGACGACAAACCGGCGGCCGCGAGCUUCAGCUUUGGUGAUGCCAAGACGACGACGGACGCGGCCAAGCCGGCCGAUGCGAGCGCGGCGGCUACGACGGCCCUGCCCGCCGAGUACAAGGACAAGACGGUUGAGGACAUUAUCAACAUGUGGAGCGAGCAGUUGGAGAACCACGCGAUGGCGUUCACGAACGAAGCUGUGCGCGUGAGCCACUGGGACUCGGAGCUCAUGGAGAACCAAAAGAAGCUCGGGGACCUCGCGGUUGACGUCCGCCGGCUGCAAAUGGCGCAGAAGGAACUCAACGCGAACCUCGACACAAUCAGCGCGUACCAGCUGGAGCUCGACGCGACGCUCGAGACGCUCGAGUCGAGCGUGGACAAGCUCUUUGAGAACCACCGGCAGAUUCCCGACACGGCCGACAUUGAGCGCGAGCAAGGGCUGCAGCUCUCGGUGGACAUUGACAAUCAGCUCACGAUGAUGUCGACGGCACUCAAGGAGACGAUCGACCGGCUCAACCAGUCGCAGGCGCAGGAAGACGAGAGCGCGAAUCCGAUGGCGCAGAUCCUCAAGGUCCUCAACGUGCACCACAACUCGCUCGUCUGGAUCGACGGCAACGCGACCAAGCUCGCGACCGACAUGGCCUCGAUCGCCAAGAAGCUCCAGCAGUAA